AUGAGUUGCAUACAAGAGUUUAUCAAAAAGAAUGUUGAGGGUCAAAAUAAAACAGUUACGUAUAUGGAUAUAGUUCUUGCAUUUGAAAAUACAACACCAAAACAAGCACAAAAUGAAUUAAAACAGUACCAAACAGAACAUAAAAUUGAAAGUUGGGAAGUUGGAAUUGAAGAAAAUGAAAAUGGAUGGCAUAUUACAAAUAGUGGAGAGUGUUAUAUGAUUUACAAUAACGAUUUUAAAGAAGAACUAAAACAAUCAAUGACAAAUUAUUUUAAGUCAGGAAAGUCAGAAGCAGUUAUAGCACCAAAAGUUAUUACAACAACACACACAUUUAAAUCAGAUAUGUUAAAUAAAGAAAAGCCAAAAGAAGAAGAAAAGAAAAUAGUCAAUUCAAUUAUCAAUGUAUCAGAAAUUCCUGAAACUAAAAAACCACAACAACCAGACGUAUUAAAAAAAGAAAGUGACAUAGUAACAAGCGGUAAGUCUCAAAAAAAACUUACAGCUUUCUUUAAUGUAUCAAAAAAAUCUGAAACAAAUUCUCAAAUCAGCUCAACUACCUCAUCAAAGAAAUCUAAAGUCAGUUUAGAUAAUUUCUUUAAAGUUAAAGCAAAACCUAUUGAGCAAAAAACAAAGAAAAGGACAUUAAAACCAAUUAAUUCAGACGAUGAAGAAAAGUAA